AUGGAGACAUCAAGAGGUCCGAUUGGGGGUCUGGCACUGAACAUCAAGUUUUGGAACCCAUUCUCAUCCAAGAAUGAAGAGAAGAAAGGGAAGAUGCAGUAUUAUGUUGUCAGAAAAACGAAAAAGUCGGAACGUGGCCCAGCUGUCAUCCAACAGCAGCCACCAAUUCCACCACCUCCUAGAACGCAUUUCGUACCGCUGGUUCGAGGAGAACAUCCAGUCGUCAUACCAAUGGAGCCUCCCGAACGCCAUCCCACUCACCAUCCCCUUGGGCGUGGGCGGAGAGGAAGAAGCCCUACCCCUGCUGUUAUCCAUCAAUCUAGCGAAGAGGACGAAGACGAGUCACUCUCCCCACUGGAAGCGAAUCGUGAACACGGUCGACGCACCCGAUCUCUAUCACCUAAUCACAGAUAUCAUGUCGAGAAAGAGAGAAUCAGACAGAGAGAGCUUAGACAACGAGAGUAUCAAGAAAGAAUCGAACGGGAAGAACGCGAAGCUCGGGAGCGAGCCAGCAUUCUUGAACGUGUGCACCGACAACGCGCGAUGGAGGAGCGACAGGAGCAAAUCAGGCAGCAACGUCGGGAAGACCGACAGCGUCUCGCAAAUGAACGGGAAGCAAGACGUCAGCAGCAAUUAGAAGAGCAAGCAAGAGUACUACGGGAGCAAGAAGACCUUGAGCGUCUCAGAGCGCUUGCGCGAGCCAGAAUACUACAGGAGCAGGAAGACCUUGAGCGCCUCAGAGAAGCUGAACGAGCGCGGCAGCUUCGUGAAGAACGAGCACGGAGGCAUCAAGAGGAAUGGCGGCUCCGUGAUGAACAAGCCAGACGCCAACAUGAGGAACGACAGCGUUACGCCCGAGCACACCAGGCCAAUAUUCCCCGCCGUCCGCGCCAUCCUGUCUUUGUUCACCCAAAUGAAGACCGUUUAGAUAGGGGCGAUCGUUUCAUUCAGGAUGCUAUCAGGGCGGAGAAUCUAAGGCAGUUCGAGAGGAGAGCUGGAUGGGCUCGUGGACGGUAUGAUGAUGGUGCGUUGAGAAGACGCAAUACGAUUGAUGGUGGUCAACGAUGGUACGACGGACAGUGGAGGCGUGAGCGGCGUUAG